ACUCGAUGAAGUUGUCAUUAAAAAGACAUUCCUUUAUUUUAUCAUUUCAAUUAUUCUUCUUGAUAAGUGAUUUGGUUUUUAAUUGUACAAGUAUAUUCUUCAAUGAGGGGAAGUCGUUAACAUUUUUUUACUUCCUACAAGAUUCGUUUCUUCUUUUAUUGUUGGCAUCAAUAAUUUAUUCAUGCUACAGUACAACAUGCUAUCAAGUGGGAUUGACUGAUAUAAUCCAUCGAAAUUUUCGAAUUCCUGUUUUUGUAAUCCUGUGCUAUAUUUCGAUAUCCUUGUCACUUCAUUUGGUGACAAUGUAUUAUUUACGAAAUGGAGAAUCACCAAAAGUAGCGACUGCAUUACUCGUCAUACAAAAAAUACUGUGUCCGAUAAACUUUUAUUUCUCGAAACGAUCUGUGCUUAUCAUCUCUGAUCCAAGAUAUUACGAGAAUUAAGAAAAAC